AUGUCCGGCUCCAGCAUAAAUCAGACGUUUGAUGACGACAUACUGGCCAACGCGUCUAAUCUAUUCGUGUCUACAUUGGUCCAAGAGGUAAUAACGACCACUAGUCGCCCCGACAACCCAAGCACAAUGAGUAGCACCAAAGAUCCCAUGACCACUGUUCAGAGACUGGUUCAUGCUGUCACUACAACUUAUAAUUUUACCGACUAUAUGGACACUAAUGGCACGUGGCUGGUCAAUGUAACCGGCAAUGGUUCGUCGACGACUCCGGGCCCAUUCGAGGAUGGUCUCUCUAACUUGGAUCUUAUCUGGAUCGUUCCGAUUUUGAUUUUAAUUAUUUUGUUCUUGCUUGGAUUGGCUUUUCUCUUGUUCUACUGCAUCAAGAGAACGGAGAUUUGUUUUCUGAAAUACUGUCGGUGUUGUUUCCGCUGUUGCAAAUGCUGUACAAAAUCAAGUUACUUGCUGCGGGAUGAACACGCAAAACUUACCGAUGACGACACCAACGUCUUGUAUAUGAGGGAGUUGCGUGUGGGCCGUGGCAGACCAUAA